AUGCCGGUCAAAGAGAAUAUAAGUAAUCAUUUAACUGAUGAAGAAGAAUAUCGUAAUGGAUAUCUAUCACCAAAUUUAAUUAUGUUACGUUCAAGAGGAGAAAAUUUACAAUUCAUUACUAAAUUAAAUUUAUGGGGUUUAAAAUUAAAGCAUGUUUCCACUUUAAAAUGUAUGCCAAAUUUAAAAAUAAUCAAUAUGAGUUCAAAUUGUUUACAAUCACUUGAACCAUUUUCUCAUUGUUUAAAUCUAUGCGAAUUAUAUAUACGCAGUAAUCAUAUUGUCAAUAUUGAUGAAGUGGCCCAUUUGAAAUAUUUAAAUAUGCUUGAAAAAUUAUGGUUAAAUGGCAAUCCAUGUUGUCUAUUCUUUAAAAAUUAUGAAAGAAAUGAAAACGUUUUAUAUGAUUCUUCAGUACUAUAUAGAUGUACUGUGAUACGUAAUGUGCAAAGUUUAAUACAUUUAGAUCAAGAAGUAAUUACAUUAGAAGAACGAGAACUAUCAGAAGAGCAUGGUAUUUUACUAACAGCUCCACCGCCUCAACUAACAAUUGAUGAACAAUCUCAAUCAGAAAUAUCCGAAACAACGUUAACCAAUAUUAAUCCAACUGAUGUAGAUGAAUCUGUUAACACAAACAGUGUCAUCGAUAUAACUUUAAGUUCAGACGUAGAAAUGAAAAAAGAUAGAUAUCAUUCGGAUUUACUAGUUACGAAAAAAGAAUCCCAAAUAAAUAAUCUAGAUAAUGAUACCAUAAAAGAUCCGAGAUCAACAAAUGAUAUUGUUGAGCUAAUCAAUAACAAUAUAGAUUCUAAGUCACCUUUUAUUAAAAGAAAAGGUCGAAAUAGAUCCUAUUUACAGGAUGUCACAUUAAAAGAGACAAAUAAAAUUCGUCAAGAAUACGGCUUAAAACCGAUAAAUAAGAAUAAAAUUUCUUCACCUGCUAAACGACUGCAAUCGAUCGAUCAGAAGAAUGAGAAAAUUGUUCGAAAUUCAAUUAUACGAUUAUUAAAAACAUUGAAUUAUGAAAGUUUAGAAAGAAUUAUUCAAGCAGCUGAAAAACGUAUAUUACGUUUAACUGGUAGUUCAAAAUUACAUUCAUUAUUAUUGAAUGAUAAUGUUGUUGUUGUUGUUGAAGAAGAAGAAGAAGAAGAGGAAAAUAACAAUGAAUGGACAUUAAAUGGAACUUAUGAUUGUUCAAAUUAUAUGAAUGGAGAUAAAUGA